AUGGCGAAGGGAAGAAUGGAUGCAAAGCAAAACAAUGGAAGCGAUUGGCCUGUUGUCGUCCAUGUCGCGGUUCGCGCCUGCGCCCCUAAGUCGCGUGGCAAACAGGCUCAAACUCAGGAACGGAAACACGUCAUAAUCCAAGAGGUUAGGCAAGUCGUAGAUGGCGGUGGAGGUGACGUUCCAGAAUUCGAGGACAGAGGGCCAGCAGAAGAAUUCGGCCGUUCCAGCCUCAUUGUUGUCUUUCAUCUUUUCUCUUGUCCUCGCUCGACCCAGCUGCCCCUCGUCAUGAAGAGAGAGAGGGCUGCUACUCUGGGAGCAUCCAGUCGACAAGCCGGAUCAAGUGAGCCUUCGAACUACAACCGCAUUGCUGACCUGAAGAUUGGUGGGGCGGGAUCUUACGGCGCUCGUCUGUUUCUACCUCCGAAUCGCCUGGGUAUGAUUGUGGAUUACACCCCAGAAAGCCUACCCGAGGAAAUGAAGGCGCGCCUUCAAGCGUACGGAGACAUGUGGGACUUUCGCUUGCGGCAGGACGGGGAGCAGACAACACGGGCGGUCAACAAGUACAAGGGUCAAGUCCGAGAAUUCGAGUACCUGACCCCGCCGAGCCUGCUGCUACCCAAGGACAUUGUGGGUAGCUUCGGCCACCCGGAGUGGCUGCACCUCGUCUCCUUCCCCGACCGCGCACAGGAGACCAUUUCGCAGAUACAGGAUAUUCAUGCCGAGUCAGGCUGGUCGCCAGGUCUGCUGUGGGAGCCGGAACCACCAUGCUGUGUACCUGACAAUUUGGAAUUGAUCAAGCGCUUGACUCCACACGUCGACGUGAUAAGCCCAAACCACACCGAGGCUAUGUCCUUGUUCAACAUCCCCACACCAAACAACCACGGCGCCGACGCCAAUGCGACGCUGGAGUGGCUCGUUCGCCGUUUGCUCGCCCUCAAACCUAGAAUCGGCGCCGUCCUGAGGUGCGGGCAGAAUGGCUGUUGCUAUGCGCUGUCAGCGGAUUUGCCACCAGGAACAUUGACGAAUGACACGCUUGACGCUGUGCCCGUCUACUGGGGAGCUCCCUUCCACCAAUCUCAGGACAAGGUCCAGGAUCCCACUGGUGCAGGCAAUGCGUUCAUGGGAGGGUUGAUGGCAGCGCUUUACGAAGGAAAAGACAUUCAUGAAGGUGAGUGGGAAACGAAGCUAAACUAA